GCUGGAUUGGAGCUGGAAAGGCACGAGCACAUGUUAGCCCCAUUCUUCGCGAUCAUAAGUGGUGUGCUUCAUCCCAUCUAUUGCUCACUCCCCAUCUCACGCCUUCGCCGCAGUGGACAUGCCAACUUACCUGAAGCUGUUAUGCCACUAGCCUCACCAUUGCCCACCGAUGGAUUCGGCCUCCUCUUCUUUUUUGGCCGCUCGAGAAAGGUGCAUUCUCGGCCGUGAGCUGAGCACAGAUUGCAUGGCGGGCUGUCGUCGAUUUUACACGCAACUUGCCUCGCACGACAGAAAUCACAGGGUCUGUACUUUCUCGACUUGUAGCUUCGCGGACCCACCGCAUGGACUGGUGGCGCGGGAGAAGUCAGUGCUAGACCAUUGUGGCCGUUGUAAAAGUCUGUGGGCGAAACUGAUUGUUGGGCGUGGACAUAAUGGGAAUGAGUGUCCAUGGCGGAGAAGUGAGGUUGGAUCGAGAGCUGUCCCCUACAGUGCCUACGGAAUGGUCGAGGCGCUGCUCGCUCCCCUGCAGCUUACCCGGAUGUCCUUGUUAGGGCUAGGUAGGUACAGUGCAGUACAGGGCAAGAGUGAUGAUGUUCGUCGGUCUAUCGCGCAACUCUUCUUUGCCGCUUCAAUCUUCCUAACAUCUCUUUCGCAAUCGCAAUCAAUCAAGGCCACGGACUUCAGGGUCCAUAGUUUGUCGAGAUAGGAAAAGUAAGGUAAGAGAAGAUGCGCGCCGAGCGCGGGGCAGUGUGAAGCGACCAAGACCCAGCCAGCUCUCGGCGCUAUUAUUAUUGAGGAUCACUCAAGAGCAUCUUCAACGGCCAAAGUUGCCCGUUAUCUGGGGAGUCGGGCUGCGAUGCGAGACAAGACGAAAGGAGGCUUCCUCAUCCAAUUCAAUGACGAGCCUUUCCAUGGUGUGGCUGGCUGACAUUGCUAAGUUAUGACAAGAAUGGCUAACGUAUUACAAUUAUUUCUUUUUCAAACCUUCUCAAGGCAAGGCUUGAUGAAACCAAAAAAACAAUCUUCCAAUUAGACGAUUUCAUCUUCUCACCCCUCACCUCUUCUUGUCUGCUCGCUAAAAUACCCCAAUUUGGCCCCUGAAAAAUGGCAGAUUUCAUCUCGCUUCCGUCUGUCACCGGGACGUCAACCAAAACAAUCAACAUCCUCCUCAUAAAUCCCAAUGGCACCUCGUCCAUGACCGAAGCCUGUCUCCGCUCACUUCAAAAUACACUCCCACCACACUGCACAGUCACAGGCUUCACAUCUCCACACCCCGCACCAUCGGCUAUCGAAGGCCACCUCGAUGGCGUCCUCUCCUCCGCCGCCGCAAUCCGCGCCAUCACCCCAAUAGCCUCCAAGUACGACGCCUUUCUCGUCGCCUGCUUCAGCCAACACCCACUCAUCAACGCCCUCCGCGAAGAGCUCUCCGGCCCCGUAAUCGGCAUUAUGGAAGCGUCUCUCUACGCCUCUCGCAUGCUCGGUGGCCGUCUCGGCAUCGUCGCAACAGGCGGCCGCAGCAAAGUGAUGCACGAAGACGCAAUCCGAUAUUAUGGCCUGUCAGGCUUCUCUGUAGGGUGCGAAACUACUAAUCUCGGAGUACUUGAGCUGGAGAGGUUGCCUAGGGAGAAGGUCCUGGGGCUGGUGGCUGAGGCGGCGAGGAGGCUGGUGAAUGAGAAGGGAGCGGAUUGUAUUGCGUUGGGGUGUGCGGGGAUGACGGAGAUGAAGGUUAGGUGUGAGGAGGCGGUUGGGAGUAAAGAGGUGACAGCGCAGGUUAUUGAUGGGGUAGGUGUUGGAGUGCAGAUUUUGAUUGGGCUGGUUAGGGAGGGCCAUGUUACUGCUAAAGGGGGGAUUUAUAGGAGUUCCAAGGCCGGGAGGGAGGCGAGAGGGCAAGAUUGGUUGUGAAAUUUAUAUU